AUGGAAGCGGCCAGAACCCCAUCGCCCGGGGAGCAGCUGGAGCUCUCGAUCCUGGAAGAGCAGCAGGAAGAGCAGACGCCUCUCAACAGCCUCCAGAUCCAGCCUUCCUCCGCAGAGAGCUCUAGCCCAGCCCAGACGGACAAGGAAAGUCCCUGGAGUCCCUGUAACAAGAUCGUGGUUGGAAGAUGUAAACUGUGGAUGGUCAUUGUCACCAUUUUUGUGUGUUUCGCUAUAGUGAUCAUUAUAAGUUUAUGCCUUGUAGGAGUAACUUACAUCGAUGAAGAUGAAAAUGAAAUACCUGAAUUAUCAUCAAACAAAACCUUCUUCAUCGUGUUCAAGAUUCCAGAGGAGUGUGUUAAUGAAGAGGAAUUGCAUCGCUCGCUCACUAAAAGGCUCACGGACACGUAUAAAGAGUCCCCAUCUCUGAGCCGUUAUUUCACUUCUGCUGACAUCGUGGACUUCAGUGUUGAAAACGCCACGGUAACCUAUCACUUGCAGUUCGGAGUUCCAGUUGAAGAUGAUGGCUUCAUGGAGUACAUGAUGAGUGAAGAGCUGGUGCUUGGCAUUAUGAGACAGAACCUUCAUGAUAAGAAUAUAUCCAGUUGUGAGAGUCUCGGGCUUGAUCCGGAAUCUCUCUUGCUCUACGGUCAUGUGGACAAUGAAAACUAA